CUCGCACAUCCUACCUCUCGUCCUACUGUAAACCCGUUUCUAGUGUCAACCAUGGCCAACCUCGACUGGGAAUCCCACAAGGCCGAGAUCGAGCGCAUUUACGUGAGAGAAAAGAAGACGCUCACUGAGCUGAGAUCGAUCAUGCAAUCUACCUGGAAUUUUCACGCGAGCAAAGCUCAAUACGAAGGAAAGUUUAAGGAAUGGGGAUUUCAGAAAAACCGGAUGAGAAAAUCGGACUGGACAUAUAUCAGCAACCAAAUAACCAAGAGGAAAAGAGAGAGCGGCAAGGACAGUGAAGUGUACAUUGAUGACAUUCAGUGCCCGUCACCAAAAGUUCGGAAGGAAACUGCUCGACAAGGCUUCCGCACAACGUAUGAAGAAUUCUGCCAAGUUCCCUCGCCUAAAACACCGGAAGGAAUCGUUGUUUGCUCACCAGGACCGUCGGUUUUGCAGCUAAAUUGGGACCAGAACCUUCCCUGGUUCCAAUUCGUGAGAUUUCUGCGCAUGCAGAAUGGCCAAGGGUGUGAACCGCUCUUAAGAUUUCCCGCUGUAACAGUACCUGGUCAGACACGUCUUCAUGGCCAAAGCGACAUCGUGAGCGGUCUCGGCUCAGUUUUACCGUGGACUAGGACCCAGAUCCUGCGACAUAUUCCGAGUACCUCUCGAACUGCCGCAGUCCUGAGCAUAAUCAUGCCGGAAGAGCAUGAAGGACAACACCUCACCACUUCUGAGCGAAUAUGCAGCCUAGGAGACAGCUCGGAACUUGAGCUGUUCUUACUAUCAAACAAUUUCACGUUCCAGGAACAGUGUGCCGACUUAUCACUCACCGACAGUGCGAGGCUGUACGACGAGCGGAUUAUGAGCACGUUACAGAAAUCUGGGUUGAAUGACGUUCGGAAUUUUGAACUGCUGCUCCGUAUGGAAUCAGCCACUGCUAUGGCCAUAGCGGAGAAGUUAUUCGCGAGCGCGAUCAGGUCCAACGACUUUGAAACCAUUCAGGCCAUGCUAAAAGCCGGCAUGAAUCCAAACACACUCAUAGACAGUCCGGUCUACCUUAAUCCAGUCACCCCUCUGGAACAUGCAGCAAGUAUCGAAGACCAUGGAUCAUCCAUCAAAAUAGCCCGUCUCCUUGUAUCAUACGAAGCCCGGGUCAACCGGGAAGGAGGCGAUCUCUCGGCGCUUUGCCAUGCAACCGAGGCGGAGCAUGCAGAAAUGAUGGCAUUUCUUAUAGCAAACGGAGCACGUGUCACACCAAUGUCACUUGAGUGUGCUGCAUGGACGGAAAAUUUCGAACUCAUACGGAUGCUCCUGGAUGCAGGUGGAGACAUCAACACAAAACUUCCAGCGACCAGCACAUAUGAAGAUGGCCGGACGACACUUGGGAUCGCCAUACAACAAGAGAAUCCUGGGCUAGUACACGACCUACUAGAGGAAGGUGCGGACACCAAUAUACCACAGCCGAGUCUUUACAGCUAUUUCUAUCAUCGGCCUUUGAGAGAAGAGACGACGGCGCUGGGUUUAGCGGCCGAGAUGGGGAAUCUGGAAAUCCUGGAGCUUCUGCUUGAGGCUCGGGCAAAUGUCAACAUCGAUCCUGGGUUAUACUUCUGUCCGCUCAGGUUGGCUGUAGAACGUGGCCACACUGAUGUUAUCGAGCGUCUGUUACAUGCUGGCGCUGAUGUUCGUAGCGCAGAUGUGAAUGGGGAAAGGACCCUUCUCCAACCGGCUACGUUCCAUGGCGACGCCAGAAUGUGCAGGAUCCUGUUGGAAAGAGGAGCUACCGUGGAAGUCCCUACGUCAGGGAAUCGGCGCUUCCCUCCCUUGCUGUCCGCCAUACUCAGCAAUAGCGUCGAAACCGUUUCCAUGCUCUUGAGUUACAAAACAUCAGUCGAUGCCGUUUACUAUCAAAGAACCGCGAUCGGAGAGGCUGUAGCAACCGGAAAUAUUCAGUUGAUCGAAAUGCUACUGCAAGCCGGAGCCUCUAAAGUGGGAAAAGAUAUUCGGCGCAUUGGGAACAUGGAGGCCGCAGGAUAUUUGGAACGCCGCAAAAUGUUGCAGGAUAUCGUAUCAAAUAAUGGGCGAAGACUCCUCGCUGCGGCGAUUUCUGAAGAGAAAGAGGACCUGGUGAAUUGCCUCCUAAGAUAUAACGCCGACCGAACCGUUAGCCUCCCGGUAUGCUCUACGGAGAUAUCUAGUCCAUUGGAAGCGGCAAUAUCUACGGGGGACAUGCAGCUGGCAAUACUACUCAUUAAACGCGGAGCUUGGAUUACUCGCAACGAAUUGAGUGCAGGUGUGUGGGAAGCCCUUGGAACCGGGAAUGACGCCAUCAUCCGCACCUUAAUUGCAUACGCUGGUCCUCGGUACGGCUUCUCCUUCUGCUCAACCACUGUGAACAUGGCUGUCCAACAACGAAACCAUAGCCUUGUUCAGUUCCUUUUAGACGCUGGAGUUGACCCAAAGGGACGGCCGAACACCCCGGAGUAUCUCGAUCUUGAAAGUUUCCGAAAACAGGCGGGCUGGUGGCGUAGUGAUACCUUGCCAAAUCACAUAGAGUCCGUCCUCGAAACAGCAGCCCGGCUAGGCGACAGUUCGAUGCUGCAAAUCCUCCUCGAGGCAACAGAUUGGGAGCCCCGACAUACUGGACAGGCCCUUACGAUCGCAAUCGAGAGCAAACACAACCAUCUCGUGCAGGGCCUCUUAGACGCUGGGGCAGAUCCCAACAGCAUUCUAUACAGCUACGGCACAAGCACGACGCCACUUGAUGCAGCUGUAGCGAAGCAAUGUAUUCCAUUGGUCCAAACUCUCCUCGAACGUGGUGCGAACAUCGAUUUGCUCGGCGGUGGCUUUUUCUCGCGUACACCCCUUCAAAAAGCAGUGGAGAUAGGAAACGUCGAACUGGUAGAUAUGCUGCUGGAAGCAGGUGCCAAUGUCAAUGGCCCAAUAGCUGUCAAGGGUGGAGCUACCGCACUACAAAUUGCGGCGAUUACGGGAUACCUGGGUAUCGCCCGCAAACUGCUUAAUGCUGGCGCGAACGUCAAUGCAAAGGCCAGCUACCGUGAUGGAAGAACGGCAUUGGAGGGUGCGGCAGAAAAUGGUCGUAUUGACAUGCUAUACAUGCUUCUCGGCGAAGGCGCAGCUAUUGAAGGCCGUGCCAGAAGGCAUUAUGUUAGAGCCAUCAAAUUGGCGGACAUAAACGGUCAUGGUGCUGCUGCAAAACUCCUGAGAUCUUGGAGUGACUGGACAGAGUUGGAUUCUCGUCAGUAUGACGAAGAGUUUGUUGGGACGGAGGAGUCUGAGUAUGACACAGAUGAGCAAAUGGACGAAAUGGACGAAAUAACAACGGAUGCGGAAUAGAAGAAGCACAGUCGACAUGGUACAGGUUAGAUAGUAGCAGAUAAUGGUAAAGAGGAAUGACGAAUGCU